CGGAGAGCGUCCGGAGUCGGCCGACUGCGGACGUAGAAGAGGAAGUCGGAUCUUUCCGCUCGACGCUUUCGCCCAUUACCGAGACCACCGGGCGCAUGGCCCUCUCUCGCCUCCCUUUCUGAAGCCCGAAAGUCGAAAGAAUGUUUGUAGACGGGGAUAGGAAUCUCCGGCAGAAAUUGCUGAAUUUAGUGGGAAAAUUAUUGAGGACCAAAGACCCGGGAUCGGCCGCUGACUCGGACCCCGACGCCAGAACCCAACUCAAGAAAUGUCUGACGACGUUGGACCUGACUUCGCUGGGAGUGGGCAGCUGCGUGGGUACCGGAAUGUACCUUGUGGCGGGAAUGGUGGCCAGAAACAUUGCCGGACCGGGAGUGGUCAUGUCGUUCCUGGUGGCCGCCGUCGCCUCCCUCUUCUCGGGUGUGUGCUACGCGGAGUUCGGAGUUCGAGUGCCUCGCACCACGGGUUCGGCCUACAUGUACAGUUACGUCACAGUGGGAGAGUUCAUCGCCUUCGUCAUCGGAUGGAACAUGAUACUGGAAUACCUGAUCGGAACGGCGGCGGGAGCCUGCGCCAUCAGCGCCUGCAUCGACUCUAUGGUGGACGGAGCCAUAGGCAAGACCAUUAGAGACUCUCUGGGAACUUUCAUCGGUCACACUCCAGACGUCUUAGCGGCGGUGAUAACCGUGCUGAUGACCAUCCUGAUGGUAGCCGGGGUCAAGAAGUCCCUCUUGUUCAACAAUGUGCUAAACGCCGUCAACCUGGCCGUCUGGGUCUUCAUCAUCGUGGCCGGACUCUUCUACGUCGACGGGAGGAACUGGUCGCAACACGGAGGAUUCCUCCCUUACGGAUGGUCCGGGGUUCUGGCCGGAGCCGCCACCUGUUUCUACGCCUUCAUCGGGUUCGACAUCAUCGCCACGACGGGAGAGGAGGCCGAGAAUCCCAAGUGGUCCAUUCCGACGGCCAUCAUCCUCAGCCUGAUUAUAGUGCUCACAGCCUACAUCAGUUCCAGUUUGAUGAUAACUCUGGUGCUGCCUUACGACCAAAUCGACGCCGAGUCGGCUCUGGUCCAGAUGUUCGACGCCAGAGGAGCCACCAAGUCCAAGUACGUCGUGGCGGUGGGUGCGCUGGCCGGUCUGGUGGUCAGCAUGUUCGGCUCCAUGUUCCCUAUGCCCAGAGUCGUCUACGCCAUGGCUAAGGACGGACUCAUCUUCAGGUAAAUUAUCCUUCCUGUUAUAUUCACGUUUGACUUUAUAUAUCUCGUUUAGCGCCACAAACACCACUUAAUUCAUAAACAAUGCUUAAAUUUCGGUGUCAAAUUUCCGAAUAACUGCGUAGGUAAACGAAAUUGCUAUUGGGUCGAGAGCCUUCCCACAUUGUGGUUAAACUGAAAAUGGUGCGUAAAAAGGCCAAAGAGAAGGAACUUCUAAACAAUAAUAAUAUGGAGACCGAGAAGAGAUAAUAAUUAAGGACGCACUUGUCGAUACGAAUACUAAUAACGCUACACUGUCCUCGAUGUACAGUACAGUACAGUACCGUCGUUAAACGAUUGGUAUUUUCCGUGCAUUGCAUCAAAGGUGUUUUCGGCUGA